UACAUUUUGGGUUUUGCAGAGCAGUCAACAUUGGAGUAAUUAGCAAGGAUUUAAAAUAUAUCUGGGAACCUAGUUUGAGAAAACUGUCAAGCAAUGGAUGCAGUACAUAUCGAUGUGGAAAAAGCGCACGACUGCCGCACCAGCGGCGACGGCAUGGAAGAAACGUCGACAGCAACAAUAAAAGUAGAACAGACUCAACAGCAGCAGCCCGAUGCAAAGAAGACCAAACGCCCACAACUGUCGCGUAAGGACAGCACAGUGAUGCAGGAAGAGGCCGUUGGUCGCAAAUCCUCAUCAAGUAGCACGUCCGGGCUGCCCUUACCAGGACUGCACACACUGUACAGACGACCAGAUGUCGUGACCCGCAGCAUUGCGCCAGCCAUGCCAAAGGGCGAGCUGGUACAGCUGAAACCAAGAUUGGUGCAUGCCAGCGAAAUUUUGCCAGAACAUAAAAAAUCGAAACCUCCGAAAUUUGUACCAUACGAGCCCUAUCCAGGCGCUGUGAAUCCGAUGGAUCCGCAGUCAGUUAGGCAUAAGCCACAAAGGGUAAACAAGAAUAAUCUGGACAUAGGCGUGCUGGUGGAUCAAGUGUCAACGCUGCGGACCCAGGAACUCGAUCCACUGGCCAAAGGCAGUGAAGAGAAGGCGGACAGUAAUGAGGAAUUAGAGCGAUUGAAGGAGGAAUUGACAAAAAUUCGCGAAGAACGUGAUCAUUUCCUAGCCCAAUACAAAUUCCAGACUCAGGUGAACAGUGAACUUAAAAGUUUACUUGUCGCUUCCGUGGGCGAGGAUUUGCAGACACGCGUCAAUCUUUUGACUGAAGACAAACUGCAGCUGGCAAGAGCACUACUUGAUACAGCCAACAAUCUGACGACGCACACGGAACAAAUAGAGUUUCUAGCCGGCCAAUGCGAAGUGUGGCGUUCAAAGUUUUUGGCAAGUAGCGUUAUGGUGGAGGAGCUGGCGCGCUGGAAGGCUGAUCUCACGCAAAAGAAUCAAAUGCUUAACGAAUCAACAAAGCAGCUUCUAAACGCAACCCAUCAAAUACGUGAAAUUCAACUGGAAAUGUUAAAGAAUUUGAAGUUCUUGGCAAAGAUACGAUAUUUAAACUUGCCCGCCACGGAUGUGAUCAGCCUAAGUGCCGAAAACUUGAAUAUACUACAGCAAAUGGUGCUGCACUCUGGUGUAGGUAUGCCUGAGGCCAAUUUGAAACUUUCCAGCGCUAGCACAAGUCCGCUGUGUGAAGCAGAAAAGUACGCCGUAAAAGCCUUACAAUUCAUUAGUCAGCCGCUAAUGGCAACUGACGAUGCCAUACGUGCAUUAUUUGGUCAGGCACAACGCACACAGUUUGUGCUUCCCAAGGCAGAGAUCGACAAUCCAAGUGCCAGCAGUGAACAGGAAAAGUGAGGGAUCAUUAGCAAUAUUAGUUAAGUAUUAAAAAUGUCUUUGUAAAUGUUCUGCAUAUUUUAAUGUUUUACAUUUUUCUAUUAAGAAAUUCAAAAGACAGAAAUGCAAUAAAUGUAGCCAAAUAUUUUA